GACGACGGCAAGAACUCAGGCGGCGAUGGCGAUCGACGGAGAAGACAACCUAGCGGCAGGCGACGGCAUGCAAUCGAUGGCAACGACAACAACUCAGGUGGCGAUGGCGUUCGAAGGAGAGGAAAACUCGGCGGCGGAAUGCAAUCGACGACAACAACAACAACUCAGGUGACGAUGGCCAUCGACGGAGAAGACAACCCAGCGGCGGCAGCGAUUGCAUGUUUUUGGUUGUGAGAUUGGAGCGGGUGGAGGGAAUGGGAAGGGCUCAGUCAGUUGUGCUCUGCGUGGGACGGCGUCGAUGGAGAGCCAGAGGAAUCGAGGUCCUCGAGAAGACAGCGGCUGAGUGGAGCGGCGACGGCCAUGAGUGGGAAGGGGCGGACUGCCUAGAGGGUAGGGUUAUGACUUGCGAGGGUUUGGGCUCGGUAGGUUGUGGGGAGAGUUGGGCUCAAUUGGGUUGUGUGGAGAGUUAGGUUGUGAGGGUUUGGCUGUGUAUUAUAAUUUUUCGGUUUUUCAGUUUUUCGGUUCGGUGUUCGGAAUGUCGGUUCGGCCAACACGACCCUAGCUCCCGAACUAUGCAUUUUCUGUUUCCGAUUUUC